AUUUUGCACUCAGCUUCACACUUGUACUUAAAUAGGAGCUGCAGCGCUCACACUACUCACAUCUCACUGAACUGUGUACUGAGUGUCUGAAGAGCUACAGAACUAACCAACAUCACAGCAGAUAUGGAUCCCCAGGAUUGCAACUGUGCUACAGGUGCCUCAUGCUCAUGUGCUGGUUCCUGUAAAUGUAAAGGCUGCACAUGCAAAUCAUGCAAGAAAAGCUGCUGCUCCUGUUGCCCAGCUGAGUGCAGUAAAUGCAGCCAGGGCUGUGAGUGCGCACAGGGCGCUGAGAAAUGCAGCUGCUGCCACUGAAGCGUCUUACUGUGUUACCGACUGCACUUUAUCAUUUUUUUACUAAUACCUGACUCUGAUCUUUGUUAUUCAUCAAUAUUUAAGAUGUUAAGUGUUUCUGACUGUUUUUUGCAAUCUGUGUAGCUAUUAUGCUUUUAAAAUAAAUUCUUAAGUUCUUA